GGGAAGAUGGCGGCCGUGGUCCAGGGGCGCGACAUCAGCCUGGCGGCCCUGCGGCGCCACGACCCCUACAUCCAGCGCAUCGUGGACGUGGCCAGCCAGGUGGCCCUGUACACGUUCGGCCACCGGGCCCAUGAGUGGGAGAAAACUGAUGUCGAAGGAACUUUAUUUGUUUAUACAAGGUCUGCUUCUCCAAAGCAUGGAUUCACCAUUAUGAAUAGGCUGAGCAUGGAAAAUAGAACAGAGCCCAUUACCAAAGAUCUGGAUUUCCAGCUCCAGGAUCCUUUCCUUCUCUACAGGAACGCCAGAUUAUCCAUCCAUGGAAUUUGGUUUUAUGAUAAGGAAGAAUGCCAAAGAAUUGCAGAGCUUAUGAAAAACUUGACCCAGUACGAGCAGUUGAAAGCCUGCCAGAGCGCCCCAGCAGGAACCUCCCCGGUGAUCAUCAGCUCGGGAGAGGGCAAGGAAGUGGAUAUCUUGCGGAUGCUCACCAAGGCCAAAGAUGAGUACACCAAGUGUAAAACCUGUUCCGAACCAAAACAGAUAACCAGUUCAUCUGCCAUUUAUGACAACCCCAAUCUCAUCAAGCCGAUUCCAGUCAAGCCCCGUGAAAACCAGCAGCAUCGCAUACCUCAGUGCAGCCAGACCUUUGCCUCUGAACCCCAACACUUGUCCUUGACAGCUCUCUUUGGGAAGCAGGACAAAGCUAUGUGUCAGGAAACUAUGGAGUGUCCCCAGACGCACCACCACCAUCACCACCACCACCCCCAAGAGAAGCUUCUGGUGAAGCAGGGGGUGGCCCGGGCCCUGUCCUACGAGGAGCCAGGAAGACAAUCACCCCACAUCGAAAAGCAGCUCUGUCCGGCCAUUCAGAAACUCAUGGUCAGGAGUGCAGACCUCCACCCGUUGUCUGAGCUCCCCGGAAACCGGCCCUACAAAAAUGGCAGCACCCAUUGUACUCUGGAAUCUGUCUCCGGCUCUUUUCAGCCAGAGUUUCCCCGGCCCUUUGGGACUUCCCAGUUGCAUGGCUCUUCCAGAACUCAGAACCUGAUGGAGAAGCUGUGCGGCACCCCAGGGGCACCCACUAGGCACGAGCCUGGCACACUGGCACCCUCCACCUUCAGCAGAACUCUCUCCACUGCCUCGCAUGCGGCUCCAGAAAAGGCCCCGAAGCAGCCACAGCUGGUCUGUCUCGAUGGCGCCCUCCCACCGCCACUGCUCGAGCAGCCUCGGGUCCCUGGGAAAGCACAGCUCCCGCUCCCGAGACAGACUCUCCCCAUCUCCUGCCCUCAGAUCAGCAGCUCUGGAGUGAUCUCUCCUCAAGAGCUGCUAAGAAAGCUGCAGAUGGUGCAGCAGGAGCAGCAGCUUCAUGCGCCUCCCCGGCCGGCCUUGGCGGCCAAGUUUCCCGUGGCCACCCACGCCUCGAGAGCAGGGAAACCCUUGGACUGCUGGAUCCACCAGGCAGCCGGCCCUCAAAAGCAGACGCCUCUUUCUCAGGUCAUUUCACCCCAGUGCAUCCCUGCUCCGGCGGCAGCUCCUCUGCUCAUGUCCCCCCUGGUGUUCACACAGACCACCUCCAUCCCCCUGAAGGAGAGGCACAAUGGGCUCUUGCCCCUGGGGAGUGAUGAAACAGUGGCUGCUCCCACCGGCCUCCUGCUGCCUCUGCAGAGCCCAGUCCCCAGCAGCAGCUCCCUUACCAAGCGCCAACUUCAGGAAGCUCUACUGUACCUCAUUCAGAAUGAUGACAACUUCUUAAAUAUAAUCUACGAAGCUUAUCUCUUCAGCAUGACACAAGCUGCCAUGAAGAAGACCACGUGAAGGCAGCUGAGCGCUGAUUUUUCGGGGUUCUCCGGACCAAGGCUCUUUCAUGUUGUGCAGUGUUCCCCAAAAUAUUUCUGCCUUUUGUAAAAUGUGUGUAUAAUAGGAAGUAAAAUGUUUCACACUUUUUCUCAAUCA